CGCGGGCGUUGCUGGCUGGGGGCGGUGCAGCCACUGGCCCAGGACCGAGACCCGGACCCGGGGCGGCGGGCAGUGUGGGCGGCGCCCGGGGCUGGGAUGCGCUGGGGACUCCGUGGCGGCGGCGUUGGCGGCGGCGUCGGCGGCUGCGGGCGGACGAGGUAGCGCCGCGGCGCGGGGAGCCAGACGAGCCCGUCCGGCGAGCGGAGGCGGCGCAGGCACCGCGGCGGCCGCAGCCGGAGCCCGAGCACCGCACGCCCACCAUGGCCGCCCAGGGCGAGCCCGGCUACCUGGCGGCGCAGUCGGACCCGGGCUCCAACAGCGAACGCAGCACAGACUCACCCAUGCCUGGCUCUGAGGACGACCUUGUCGCCGGGGCGCCACUGCACAGCCCGGAGUGGAGCGAGGAGCGCUUCCGCGUGGACAGGAAGAAACUUGAGGCCAUGUUACAAGCUGCUGCCGAAGGAAAAGGCAAAAGUGGGGAAGACUUUUUUCAAAAGAUCAUGGAGGAAACAAACACGCAGAUUGCUUGGCCAUCAAAGCUGAAGAUUGGAGCCAAAUCUAAGAAAGAUCCCCAUAUUAAGGUUUCUGGAAAGAAAGAAGACGUUAAGGAAGCCAAGGAAAUGAUCAUGUCUGUCUUAGACACAAAAAGCAACCGGGUCACCUUGAAGAUGGAUGUGUCACAUACAGAACAUUCUCAUGUCAUCGGCAAAGGCGGCAACAAUAUUAAAAAAGUAAUGGAAGAAACAGGAUGCCACAUCCACUUUCCAGAUUCCAACAGGAAUAACCAAGCAGAAAAAAGCAACCAGGUUUCUAUAGCAGGACAACCAGCAGGAGUAGAGUCUGCCCGAGUUAGAAUUCGGGAGCUGCUUCCUUUGGUGCUGAUGUUUGAGCUACCGAUUGCUGGAAUUCUUCAGCCAGUUCCUGAUCCUAAUUCCCCCUCCAUCCAGCACAUAUCCCAAACAUACAACAUUUCAGUGUCCUUUAAACAGCGUUCCCGAAUGUAUGGUGCUACUGUCAUAGUACGAGGGUCUCAGAAUAACACUAGUGCUGUGAAGGAAGGAACUGCCAUGCUGUUGGAACAUCUGGCAGGCAGCUUGGCGUCUGCUAUUCCUGUGAGCACACAACUAGAUAUUGCAGCUCAACAUCAUCUCUUUAUGAUGGGUCGAAACGGAAGUAACAUCAAACAUAUCAUGCAGAGAACAGGUGCUCAGAUCCACUUUCCUGAUCCUAGUAAUCCACAAAAGAAAUCCACCGUCUACCUCCAGGGCACCAUUGAGUCUGUCUGUCUUGCAAGGCAAUAUCUCAUGGGUUGUCUUCCUCUUGUGCUGAUGUUUGAUAUGAAGGAAGAAAUUGAAGUUGAUCCACAAUUUAUCGCUCAGUUGAUGGAACAGCUGGAUGUCUUCGUUAGUAUUAAACCAAAGCCAAAACAGCCCAGCAAGUCUGUGAUUGUGAAAAGUGUUGAACGAAAUGCCUUAAAUAUGUAUGAAGCAAGGAAAUGUCUCCUCGGACUUGAAAGCAGUGGGGUUACCAUAGCAACCAGUCCUUCCCCAGCAUCGUGCCCUGCCGGCCUGGCAUGUCCCAGCCUGGAUAUUUUAGCCUCAGCAGGCCUCGGACUCACUGGACUAGGUCUUUUGGGCCCCACCGCUUUAUCUCUAAACACUUCAACAACCCCGAACUCACUCCUGAAUGCUCUUAAUAGCUCAGUCAGUCCCUUGCAAAGUCCAAGUUCUGGCACUCCCAGCCCCACGUUAUGGGCACCCCCGCUUGCUAAUACUUCAAGUGCCACAGGUUUUUCUGCUGUACCACACCUUAUGAUUCCAUCUACUGCCCAAGCCACGCUAACCAACAUUUUGUUGUCUGGAGUACCUGCCUACGGGCACACAGCCCCGUCUCCCCCUCCUGGCUUGACUCCUGUUGACGUCCACAUCAACAGCAUGCAGACCGAAGGCAAAAAAAUCUCUGCUUCUUUAAAUGGACAUGCACAGUCUCCAAAUAUAAAAUAUGGUGUAAUAUCCACUUCAUCACUUGGAGAAAAAGUGCUGAGUUCGAAUCAUGGUGAUCCAUCUAGACAAACGAGUGGAUCUGAGCAGGCAUCUCCCAAACCAAACCCUGCAGAAGGUUGCAAUGAUGCUUUUGUUGAAGUAGGCAUGCCUCGAAGCCCUUCCCAUUCUGGGAAUGCUGGUGACUUGAAACAGAUGCUGGGGCCCUCCAAAGUUUCCUGUGCCAAGAGGCAGACAGUAGAACUAUUGCAGGGCACCAAAAACUCCCACUUACACAGCACCGACAGGCUGCUCUCAGAUCCAGAACUGAGCGCCGCGGACAGCCCUUUGACUGACAAGAAGGCUCCAGGGAGCGAGCGUGCGGCCGAGAGGGCCGCAGCUGCGCAGCAAAACUCCGAACGGGCCCGCCUGGCCUCUCGGCCAUCAUAUGUCAACAUGCAGGCAUUUGACUAUGAACAAAAGAAGCUGUUAGCAACCAAAGCUAUGUUAAAGAAGCCAGUGGUGACGGAGGUCAGAACACCUACAAAUACCUGGAGUGGCCUUGGCUUUUCUAAAUCCAUGCCCGCGGAAACCAUCAAGGAGCUGAGAAGGGCCAACCACGUGUCCUACAAGCCCACAAUGACAACCACUUUCGAGGGCUCAUCAAUGUCCCUCUCGAGAUCCAACAGUCGUGAGCACUUGGGAAGUGGAAGUGAAUCUGACAACUGGAGAGACCGAAAUGGAAUAGGAUCCACAGGUCACAGUGAAUUUGCGGCUUCUAUUGGCAGCCCCAAGCGCAAACAAAACAAAUCAACGGAACACUAUCUCAGCAGUAGCAAUUACAUGGACUGCAUUUCCUCGCUGACAGGAAGCAAUGGCUGUAACCUCAACAGCUCUUUCAAAGGCUCCGACCUUCCUGAGCUCUUCAGCAAACUGGGUCUGGGCAAAUACACAGACGUCUUCCAACAACAAGAGAUCGAUCUGCAGACAUUCCUCACUCUCACAGAUCAGGACCUGAAGGAGCUGGGGAUUACUACUUUUGGUGCCAGGAGGAAAAUGCUGCUCGCAAUCUCAGAACUAAAUAAAAACCGAAGAAAGCUUUUUGAACCACCAAAUUCACGCACCUCUUUCCUGGAAGGUGGAGCCAGUGGGAGGCUGCCCCGUCAGUACCACUCGGACAUCGCCAGUGUCAGCGGCCGCUGGUAGCAGCACGUCCAGGCACACACCCGCCAGCGCCCUCGUCAGGCUGGCCGCUGGAGCUCUGUGGACGGCCUUCGCUGCGCCCCGUCCUUAGCACUCUGGUGUCUGGUAUCAGGACCAAAGCAUCUUAUUCACACCUGAAUUUUGUGCCCAAAAGGAAGAAAAGAUGUUUUUAUGUCAUCAUACAGAACACCACAUGCGGAUUACUUUUUAAAAAAACGGUAAUUGGACAGAAUUUGCAAUAUGGGGGUAGGGCUUUGUUUCCUGUUUUUGUUGACCUACAUAACAUAUGCACUGAUUUUUUUUUUUUUUUUUUUUUUUUUACCUAAAAUGAA